AUGUCGCGCAGCUCGCGCAGCCGCUCCCGGAGUCCGCACGAGGCGUUCUCCGUGCAGGUGAAGUUGUUGUCCGGGCAGACGCUGACAACGAUGCAGGUGCAUGCAGCAGACUCCGUGGCUGAAAUUCGACGACGCAUCGAGGAGGUUGACUCUGAGCUGCGGGGCUCCUUCCCACGGUCUGCCCUCAUGUUCGGCGACCGGGAGCUGCUGCCAUCCGAUGUAUCAGGAGAAGUCGGCCUCCACGAGGGCGCUUUGCUGACACUGAUCCGACUCCCACCGCAGAAGCUGUGUACAGCCUCGGAGGAUGGAACCGCUCGAAUCUUCGAGCUGCAGACAGGGAAGACCCUUUGUGUCCUCGGAGGGCACUGCGGAGCUGUCAUCUCUGUGACCUUCUCGGAAGAUGGGGUCCGGGCACUCACAAUGACUGCCACCCGCUCGAUCGCUCUUUACGACACGGCCCUCGGGGUGCAGCUGUGGCGCUUGCAAGGUCCGGUGCAGGAUGCUUGCCUUGCAGCGGAUGGGCGACGGGUCUUGGUCAUGGACUCCCAUUCGGUUGUUGGCCUUCUGGAUGCCAGCACUGGCCAGGUGAUGACGAACCUUACACACCAUGCGUACUACGUGUGCACAGCGGUGUUCUCUCCAGGAGGCAAAGCACUGCUGACAGCUUCGGUGGAAGGCUUUGCCCGGCUAUUUGACGUGGAGUCUGGCCGCUGUCUGAUCACCUUCGAAAGCAAGUCGCGCUCGCCGAGCGGACGGAGUCGUGGCAUGACAGCUGCGUCAUUCUCUCCUGAUGCCAGCAAGGUCCUGGUAAGCAUCUUCGAUGGCUCCGCCGACCUGUACGAUCGCAGCACUGGAGAGAGGAUUUGCUCCUGUGUGGGGCAUUCCGAUGUGCUCCGCUGCGCAUCUAUGUCGCAAGACGGUGCACAGAUCCUAACUGCCUCGAAGGAUGGCACUGCGAAGUUGUUCUGUGCGCAAACCGGCGAGUGCAUAAGCACUUUCAAAGGCCAUACGAAAGCCUUGUGUGCUGCCAACUUCUCACCGGAUCUCACCAAGGUCCUCACUGCUUCGCAGGACUAUUCUGCCAAGCUUUUCGAUGCCAGAAGUGGAAAAUGCUUGCAAGACUUUCCAGGACAUUCGGCGCCGGUCCUUGGGGCCAGCAUGUCUGCUGACGGACGUCUUGUGCUCACUUGUUCUAGCGACUUGGAUGCCAAGCUCUUCGACAGCCAAACCGGGGAGUGCCUGCGAAGCUUCUUCGAGGAGCACGGCUACGUGACGUCGGCUCAAUGGGCUCCUGGAGGGCAGCAGAUCUUGUUGGCGUUCUUCAGCGGGAGGGUGGCGCUCUUCGACCCAAAGCAGGACCAUUUUGUCCAGGAUUUCACUGGGCAUAAGGACUGUGUCCAUUCCAUGAAACUCGUGUGA